AGUUCAGUCCUGAGGCAGGCUGAGUGGGCUGGGGGGGAGCUGUCCGCUGUGCUGCACAUUUGCUGCAGCUGCUGCCGGAUCACCAGCAUCAUCUUCAUCUUCAUCCCCCUGUGUUGGCGAUUACAUGUCCUCACCUGGGACACCGGCUGCUGAAGUCUUCUCAUGAAUGAUUCCCCCCAAAUGAAGAGGUACCUCAGGAGGAAGAUGUGUAACUAGAAGAACUCAGGGCAACAAAACCAAACCAUUAGAGUGAUUCAAAUACAAAAACGUUUUCUGAAGUCAACACAACACGGAUCAUUUACAGCCUGUGAGCACUUUAAAGGAUCUGUCUUCAGCCAUUCAACAGAGAUUUAUACUUUAAUUUGUAAUUUUGAUAAAGGGCCCUGCAGCGCCACUGUUUGAUGACACUUAUAAUAUUACCAAGGAAAUCAAGAACAAUGCAAAUGAUUUGAAGUUGAGGUCACCACCACUGUGUCCAUACUGUUAACAUUAGAAUGAUUGUGUAAGAACGAGUGAAAACCAGAGAGGGUCACACAAACACAAGCCAGUUUGAUCUAAUAAAACCUCACUGAGCAUCUCACCAGAGGGCUCAUUCAUUUACCACUGAUUUGCCCGGUGUUGUUUCUGCUGGAACUAUUGCUUUGCCCUGGGGCUUGUGGGAGAACACUAUUUGCAUUUAGUUCCAUCUGCUGCCAGAUUUCACUAUGUGAUCCUCCUCCUGGGUUUAUAAACACAUGACCCCACAGAGUCAUGCCAGUCCAGACAUCUUCUGACUGCUGCACUAAACGCGCCCAGUGAACAGUUUCUACCGAUCAAAGCGUCCAGAAUGAGCGAAACUAACUACUGGGUAGUGGACUAUGACCUCUCCUCUCCUUCUCCACCUGUAUUCCCCAGGGGCCCGACAGUGCUGCAGCCAGCCAUGGCGGCACACACAGAGCAGGGAACAGCCCUGUGUUUCGUGGGCCUCCUCUUGAUUCUGCUGCUCGUCCUCAUGGUUCGCUGCAUCCGUAUCUUGUUGGACCCCUACGGCAGCAUGCCGGCUGCCUCGUGGACAGACCACAAGGAGGGGCUGGACAGAGGACAGUUUGAUUAUGCAUUGGUGUAAAGAUGGGGGGGGAAGUGAAGAGCUUCUGUUUCCAGCUUUUUAUCUCCUGAAAAAUCAAAGAAUCCUGGAAAUGAAAGUAACGAGAUGCUAUCGUUACAUAUUUGUUAUUUGUUUGGGGUCAUAGAAGCUGCCAGAUGUCAUCUUCAAAACAAUAGAUUGGUUAUAACGAUGGAUGACAGGACCCCCACCCCCGCCAUGAUUUGAAAUAUCCCGGAUAUAAAUGCUGCAAUCAAGAUCAUUUAAAACCAGAGUCUGUGCAGCAGAGAUCGAGAGAUGGAACUCUGACUCAGCCAAUUGCGAGUCAGCUGUCAAUCAUGACGUUUUAUCCCGUUUUUAUAUGAUCAAAUAACUAAUUAAAACAAAACUUACCGAUGUAACACUGCAGCUUUCAGCGGGACAAACACUGCAGGAAGACAAUGAUCAGUACCGUAGCGUUAUGUUGAUCAUGUCGUUUUGUAUUUCUAUAAUGUUUUUACAAAUCCAAGGCCGAAUUAUAAAUAGAGAGCAGAGCUGCGGCCCUCAUUGAAUAGAAAAAGUAAUCUAAUGAGUUUAGAACAGACAAAGAAGUCGUUUGGACAGAACUAGUACACUCUGUAAAUGGAGAUAUACAGUGGAGAGAGUAAACUUUACAUGUUAUAUCUAAAAUGUUUUUAUUUUUGAAAGUAUAGCUGAACCAAAACAUUUAAUAGAUGUCAUACAAGAUUCUCUGAGACAGUAAACCUUCCUCUUGUUUGUUUGGCCAUGCUGGAUAUCGUGUAGCAUUUGUUCUGUCCCUAAGGUGACCCUCAGGUAAAAUCAUGAAACUUUUGUACCUGUGUAUGUCAUGUCAAGUUUACUGUGUAAAAUUUUAUAAUACAGAACAGUUAAUACAGUCAAUUUUAUUUUGGCCGUUGCUGUUUCAUGUCGCCAUCCCUUUAAGAAGCUUAUGAUCCUUAAUGAGGAGGGUCAAGACUCUCGAAUGAAUACGUGUCAUAGGAAGUUAUGAUUAAAAAACGCUUGUACACCAGUUUCCUCCCCCUUGACCCGCUCUUGCCUUUAGACCCUGUCCAGUGCAACAGCCAAAUAUGUUCAACAGUGCCUGUAGGACUAUGAGAAUAUGAACUGUUUCAUAUUGAGAAUAUGUCUGCUCCUUUGUUUUGUAACAUCACUUUUGUGCUUUUAAAGCCCUUUAAAUAUGGCUCUGAGAGGCUCUUUAUAAAGUUAAGUAUCAACAAUACUUUGCUGAUUGUGUAAAAGUUGUUUGAUUCCUCAAUGAUGACCUUAAAAAACUGUUUUAAUGAGAAGAUACUUAACUGUUCCUGGAUGUAAAUGUUUGCUUGUAACAAAGUAAAAUGAUAUUUUCCUAAUGUUUCUUUACAGUGGCAUUUAGCUAUUUUUUUAUGAAAUAAAAGCUUUUGUCUGGUGAUGCUUUUACAAAGUCUAAUUACUUUACAGAUCUACACACACACACACACACACACACACAUAUUCAGAAAUGAACUGAUUAGAUUGUACACAAGUUGGACUUUACUUUGAAAAAAACUUUCAAAUGGUUGGUAUUCUGUAUGUAGGUAGUCAGAGAGGUCCUGAACACAGGCAUAUCAGUCUCACUCUGAACUUAUUGAGCAUAAUGUUUUUACAGUACUUUGAAGUAUCCAGAAAUUACCUACUU